UAGGUUGACAAGGCAUUGAUAAAAUAAUAGCCUUUUAAGAAGGUGUUUUACUCUUUGACAGGUUUACUAAAAGCUAACGGAUUAUUUGUUUUAGCUAAUUGAAGAGUAAUUUGUUCUUUCCAGAAGAAUGGCGUCAAAUGGGUGCUUUAUUGGCGUAAUGUUAGCUCGUAUGCACGAUCAACUACCAUUGUGUAGUUAUACGGACGAAAAUUACUCCAAUUCGAAUUUUAUUCGCCAACAGAUGAAACGCAUUAUUGAGCGCAUGGAGACGCCCGCGAGUACUGCCGAUCGCUCCGCUUCCAGAGGUAGUUAUUAUCAAAGUUUCGAUCACAAAGAUUGUAUUUACUUUGCUUUCCAGGACUCUGGAACGAACCUCACCGUUAUCACUGCCUUGAACAAAGUCUUACUGCGGAACUCCGCCGAUGAAUUGGGAACCAAUAAACUAGCCUGUAAACUUUUGGAUAUGGUCAUGGCGGAGUUUUUGCAAACAUUUACCAUUGAGGAGAUUGAAUCCAAACAUGUGAAACCCUUUCAUUUUAUAAAAUUUGAUACCGUCCUUCGAAAAUGUAUUGCUCGAGUUAUUCAACAGGAUCGUGCUUCGGGCGAUGGUCUUGCCCUCGGGUGUGGCAGUGGUGCGGUUUCGGGUACGGGACGGCGGCAGGUGAAUCCAAACUACGAAUCCCUUCGACAAGAAAUCACUGACGUCCAUUUUGUGAUGCGGAAAAAUUUAGAAGAUCUCAUGAAGCGUGGUGAGAAGCUUGAAACGAUGAACAACUACUCCGCCCAAUUAGUGGAUCAAAGCUCACGAUAUUAUCAGAAGACUGUACAUUUGAAUCGAAUGCGAUUGGUGAGAAUGUACGCCCCAGUGGCAAUAGUGGCUUUUGUUUUAAUUCUAUUUUUAUUUAUUUACUUCUUUUAG